GGUGUUGAAACAGCAUAUGUGUAAACAGCAAUAAAACAUGUAGUGCGGUCCCGAAUAGGUAACCUCCUCCCCACAAAGGAGCGAGAGGAAGAGAGUGAGCCAGGGAGUUCCCUGGAAAACCACGAUGGGCGGGGUUGGACCAGCCUUCUAGAGAUUCUCGUGUCAAAUUAAACAUCCUUCGUUACCUCGAGAACUGAAUACGCCGACGUCUCGCUGGAGUCCGCGCUUUUUCCUCGUCUCGAUAAUAAGGUCGCUACGACUCGCAACUUUGUUCUCUGUGCGACAACGAUCCGAGUUAUUUUUUUUUUUGCGUACUACAAGGAAGGAGAACAAAGAAAAAAAGUUUGAAUAGUUGGUGGCUGUCGAAUUACGACAACGCGCUGGAACCUUCCAGCCGCGUUUUGCCGCAAGUAUAGAGGCGACGAGAUAAACCGCAUGAAAUUCUACGUUCUUCGUGAUUUCAUUCAACAAAUCUGCUUUGGUCCUUCGUCUCGGAUGCUCAAAGAGAUUCCCGAUGCAACCGGACCUUGGUGAUCCUCAGCUUCGAGGUUUCUUGGAUGGCGCGAGGAACGGUGGGUGUCACGAGUCUUGGUGCGCUUUUCCUGUGAGCGAGGAAAUACUCAGCAGAGCGUGCGCGAUCAAGCAUGUCUACGGGCUCGCGAACGUUGUUCCAGGGAUGCUACGGGCCAACGCUUCCUGGCCGGCAUUAUGCCAAACGUCGUUCACCUGGACAACAUCUGCGGUCGCCUGUAAGACGGCGCCGCGUUACGAAAAGCCCCCGUAUUCGUACAUCGCUCUGAUAGCGAUGGCCAUUAAUUCCACGCCGAAGCGGCGGCUGACUCUCUCCGGCAUCUACAAGUUCAUCAUGGACCGGUUCCCGUACUACAGGGAAAACCGUCAAGGCUGGCAGAACAGCAUUCGACACAAUCUCAGUCUGAACGAUUGUUUCGUAAAGAUGCCGCGGGACAAGACCGGGACGGACAACGACGGAGAGGAUGGUCGCUCGAUCGGAAAGGGCAGCUAUUGGACUUUGGAUCCGUCCGCCAGCGAGAUGUUCGAGCACGGUAAUUACAGACGACGCAGAACAAGACGCCAGCAGCGGCUUCUCCCUCGAGAGAAGCAAGAGGAACCGUCGGCCCAAUUCUUUCCCGGACUGACGCAGUCCCACGAGAAACUUCAAGAUACACAGCGUGUGGUUGUUGAAGUUAACGAAAAGAGCUUCAAGAUGAAAGACGUAAAAUGCACAGAUUCCUCGGAACCUAUUGCCAAAACUACUAUCUUCAGCAUCGACAAUAUCUUACGAAAGUCCACAAGGGAAACGCAAAUCUAGUUUUUUGUAAAACUUGUAAAACAGUAAUUUUUUACUUGUAAAACAAUUAUCAUGACAUUGUCGUAUAAUAAUGAUACUAUUCUGACAGUGAACGCUUAUAUUAAACGUCCUCUCGUGAUGCUAGUUUAGUUGCAGCCUUACAUAGUAUAAUUUGUUCAGCGCUUUUCCCUGGUAAAAAAAAGUUGAUAGAGAACGAUUAAGAACGAUAAAAUUUCUAUCAAUUUGUAUUGUUUUCUAUAAGCUCUAUCGUCCGCAAGCGUCAGUAUUCGCGUCAGUAUUCGCGAGAUAUAAAUCCUAUCGUAUCUUAUCUGGUUCUAUAAGAAUCAGGUUCUAUUUGUAUUAUAUAGAAAACUGACGAUAGAGCGAAAUUCUAUUAUUAUCUAUUGUUUUCUUUUGUAUACGAUAGAAUACUAUUUACAUUUGUGAAUUCACGAACCAAAAUCCAUAUUCAAAACGAUAGAAAACGAUAGAACGAUAGAAUUUUAUUCUAUCAUUCUCUAUAAGCUUUUUUUACCAGAGUUAUUCGCUUCCUGAAAAUAUUAUUUAUUGCGAGAUACACGCAUUCUCUGUUGCCGUUAGCUUUCAGACCAUAUAUAUAUGAGCCAUGUAUUAUUAAAGUGAUAUAAGUCUA